AGCGUGCUCUAGGCUAGGUCAGAUUUCAGAUCUGUGUUUUCUCUCUUCUUUUCCUCCUUCCAAACGCAGCAUUUCGUUUCCGUUUACUCCGUCUCUGUGGUUCAAAUUUUUUAUUGACUAUUAGUCGCAAACAUCGGAAGAAAAUAGUGCAAAUAUUGUGAUUUGUUAAUACUUAGUAGAGAAUCCAAAUGGAGCUGCGGAGUUGUGGUCAAUUUCAUUUCAUCCAGGCUAUUAAUGGUGGUUUAGUUACAAAAGUACUCAAUAUUACCUGUGGGCGACCAAGACUUUCAUUUAAAGAUGUCAAAGACAUAUAUGAUGGCUUCUCCUUUAAUCAUAAUGCUGCAAAAGUUGAAAGAUCUUGCAUUGAUGCAUUGGAGGAAGUAACAGUGAAAACUGAAUCAGAUUCUUCAGAAUGUAGUCCUAAUGAUGAUGAUGAUAUGCUGAUAAUCAACUUGGUCGAGGAUGAUUCUGACAAUUUUACGCUAAACCAAAUUAAACAAAGGUGCAAAACAAGGAAGAGAAAACAAAAACAAAGUAUUGACCCGGCUAAAGGUAAAAUUAAAGUUGAAGCCUCACCAUUGCUGGAUGAUCACAAGAAAAAGCAAAUCGCAAUGGAUGAUUCUGAUUUCAUGGAGACUCUCAGUAGCUGGAGAUCUAAAAACUCAAGGAAGGCCAAGAAGAGAAAUUGCAUUAAAGACCCAAUCUCUACUUCUACCCAAGAGAUUAUUCCAGUUGUCAAGGCUGAAGACGUCCUGGAUGAUGAGGUGUCCCCACCCGUUAGUGGCGUUUCAACUGCUCUUGUUGAAGUGAAAUUUGAGGUUCCUGAAACUGAUUGUAUGGACAGGCCAGAUGACUAUUUUUGCAUAGUAGCCAAAGAAGGGAUAGAGAUAACUGAUGAAUGGAAUUUGGAGAAUGAAUUCAAUUAUGACUGUAAAGAGCAUGCUGAUCUUAUUCCAUUACGGAUUGAAUGGCCAUUUAAUAUGGAUAACGUUAUGACUGAUUCAGACCUAAACAAUGACCAUUCUCCAAACUUUCCAGCAAUAGAAUUCAAGAGUGCUGAAGGUAUCAUUCAUCCAGAUCCCAAUUGCAUCCCCAAAAUGGAAGCAUCUUUGGUUGAAGAUCAAAACUAUGAUACUUCGGAUUAUCAACCUGAUGGUGACAGUAACACCACAGUUAUACUACCCAUUGAGGCCAAUAAUGAAGGCCUUGAUCCCCUGAUUCCAGGGUCUAGAGAUGAUAAUGCUUCCCCAUGUGACGGCUGCAAAGAUGAUGAGUCUACAGCUGGUGCUGAGGUUCAGGCAAAACCCACCUCUACUAGUGAACAUGGCCUCAAUCCUGGUGAGUCUUUGGUGUGUGUCUCAGAUGAUUCAUCUCAAUGUGAGGAGAAGGAAUCAUUUUCUUUGGAACAUGAUGAUGAGAAGAGAUAUAUCAAUGAUGAGGCUACUAAUGAGUUGAAUUCUUGGGAAGAACAUGAAGAUUGCUCAAAGGUGCAUCGUCCUGAAAGGCUGUUAUCAACCAGAAAGACCAUUUCACCCACUUCCCAGGAAAAGCUUUGUAAAGCCAUGGAGUCCGUACAUUUAAUUCAGAAAAACAAUUUGAUGCAUUCAAGUUGCAAGGGUAAACUACAAUAUGGUGAGCAUACUAAUAAGAGUGAUGCUGAUGAAGGGCUUAAUGAUAAUAUGAGACCAGGAUUUACUGAUAGCCCCGACAAAAUUAUUAUUACUCCUAAGACCUCUAAAAGAGGUUCCCAGCCUAAAGGGAUUUUCAAGAGUCCUCGCCCGGCCAACCGCAUAGGGUUUAACUCUGUUCAGAGUUGCUCUAAGAGUGCCAUAACAUUUUCACAGCAGCAGAUGCACGAUGUAGAAUGUUUGACAAUGAAACUCACAAAGGAAUUGAAGUCAAUGAAGGAAAUUGUGGAUGACAUGUUACGAUCUGAGUUCUGUCUAAAUACAUCACUGAGAUAUAAAGUAAAUGAGGCAAGAAUGGCUGUUAAAAAUGCCACAAGAGCUGAAGAAGCUGCAAAACGAUGCUUGUCUUUCAUGGCAAGGGAUUGCAACCGUUUCUGUAAGAUAAUGAAAUUAAGUGAAGGUGGUCCUCCAGCGGCCCAAGAGGUAGUGCGAAAAGAAAGGAAAAAGAUAGCAUUUGCCGAUGAAGCAGGUGGAAGAUUGUGCGAGGUCAAGCUCUUUGAGGAUGAUGUGGUGUCUUUGCCAGAUUCCAACUGAAAGGAACAACGCUUCAUUAACGUUCCUUUCUCUUUAUAGUGAAUUAUUUGUCAGUCCCCACUCCCAGAGAUAAGUUUAACUGGGGAGCAUCCGAAAUUGAAUUCAUUUGAUUUGCUGUUGUAACAAAGCUGAGAUAACUCAAAUUUUACAUGAGGAAAUCCUGUAUGUUUGUAUGUAAAAAGUAACUUUUAAUAAUGUCUGAAUACUCAUUACUCAA